AUGAUAGCAAGGCAAUGCAAACAACUUCGUAAGGAACAGUUACAAAGAGAAUUGAGGGAAAUAUAUAGUGAUAUGGUGCUAAUACUGAGACGAGCUAAAGAGGAGGAGCAUUUCUUCAGAGUUUAUCCUCGGCAUUGCAAAGAUGAAUAUAUCUUUCUGGUAGGAAGAAAAUUUUGUGAUAAACUGGAAGAAAUACAGCCAAGAUUAAACCGAAUAUGGAUGGAGAAGGAUAGGAUCGGAGACUAUGUUGUCGAAGACAAACAAAUCCGUGAGGGACAGCUACUAAGGGAAUUAAAUAAAAUAUUAAGCAAUGUGAUUCCAAGAAUACGACUGAUCUACGAGGGGCAGCACAAGAUCGAAACUAAUGAUUCAAAUUUUGGAGAUCAACGAAUCAGUGAGCUACGGAAGGAAUUAAAGGAAAUAAUACCAAAAUUGCAAUCAAAUGCAAUUGCAAUGUGCGAGGAGCAGCAUAAGAUCAGAACUAACGAUCGGAGUAGCGAAGACCAAAUCCGCGAUGAACAGCCACAACAAAAAUUGAGGAAAAUAUUGAAUGAUAUGGUGCCAGGAAUGCAACAAAUCUGUGAGGAACAACUACAAAGGGAAUUAAGGAAAAUAUUAAAUGAAACGGUGCCAAGGUUGCGACAAAUAAACGAAGAACUGCAUAAGAUCAGAACCAUAGAGAUUAUAUACAUAGAGUAG